GGCGGGCGGGCUGUGAGGCGGUCUCUCUCUGCCCGCAGCGGCGACAUCGCCCGCCUAGAGGCGGGAGUGCCUGGCACGGAGCUGCCAGUUGUUGCAGCCGUGUGGCUUCGUAGGUGCCUGCCCGCUUUAAGUGCGUGUCCCGCUUCUCGAGAAAGACUUCGCGGGCUUUUCCUGAUCGUUGCUAAAGAGGGAUGGAGCCCGCCGCCGUACUCCUGUUCGACUCCUUUGAACCUGAGAAAACCCAUCCAAGAAGGGAGCUGCCAGAAGAGGGAUUUGUGAGAGCUGGCUUUUAAGAUGGUCCAAGCGUAAAGAUUUCAAAGCAAUGACUACAAGGAGUGUUAUGUAACUUAAAUUUUUUCUAUGAAAACUGAAAAUGGCUUCAAGAGGAACAACAGAGACCAGUAAACUGAAACAAAACUUGGAAGAGCAGUUGGACAGGUUAAUGCAGCAGCUCCAAGAUCUGGAGGAAUGCAGAGAGGAACUAGAUGCAGAUGAGUAUGAGGAGACCAAGAAAGAAACUCUAGAACAGCUGAGUGAGAUCAAUGACUCACUGAAGAAGAUUAUGUCUGGAGAUAUGACUUUGGUGGAUGAGCUCAGCGGCAUGCAACUGGCAAUACAGGCAGCCAUCAGCCAAGCAUUUAAAACUCCAGAAGUAAUUAGAAUGUUUGCAAAGAAACAACCAAGGCAAUUGAGGACAAGGUUGGCAGAGAUGGACCGAGACUUAAUGGUCGGGAAGUUGGGACGAGACCUGUACACACAACAGAAAGUUGAAAUCCUGACUGCCCUCAGAAAGCUCGGUGAGAAGCUGACACCAGAUGAUGAGACCUUCUUGUCAGCAAAUGCAGGUGCAGCCCUGAGCCAGUUUGAGAAAGUCUCCACUGACCUUGGAUCAGGAGACAAAGUCUUCGCUCUAGCAAACCUUGAAGUAGAAAAGGCAAAGCAAUGAAGAGGUGCGUGAGGCUGAGUCUCUCCCGUUGUCAGCAGAAUUGGACUUCGGUCAUGUUGUAAUUGUUUUUUUCUAUUUUUAAGAUCUUGCAAAAAACUAACAACCCAUCAACAAACCCUAAGCCUCUUGGGUUCUUAACCAGAAGAUACGAAGUAAACAGCCUUAAAGUGCACUUGGGAACACUGGUGUCUGCGUACUCCUCAGUAACAUAAGUUCUGAGGUUAAACACUAAGUGGUACUCUGAAAACAAAACCUUCUUAUGACUGUCUUUGAAAAGAAUCAGCUAUUUUCAACUUUUCUGAAUGUGUAUUUCUCUAACUAUUAAAACAUAAUCUUUUUGCAUAUUGUUGUAGCAAGCGAUCUUUUUCAGGAACAGUCCUAAAGAAUAAGUUAUUUUGGGGUGAUUAUUUAAAUUGCUCUCAAACUGUCUUAAAUUUUGUUCAGGCUCCCUACUAAGUAUUUUACACUAGGAAUUUGCAUAUGUUAAAAAUUGACAUAGUUUAUUUGAAAUGCCAUCUUUCUACAGACUGUUUGCAGAAGAACCAAAAUGAGACUGUGUGCUGAUCGUUGGCCCUUGUCUACUUGUUUGCUGUGCACAUGAAUGAGUGCCGUUGUGUCCCAGCCGUGAUUGACAAACAAUGGAAGCCCUGUAGGGAGACUUUCCCUACAGGGGAAAGUAAUUCCUUGGAGUAAUUUAACCUUGUGUAUUGAAAUGACAGGGCAUUGCUAGGAAAUGGCAAUGAGAAAGCCCUUUCUGUUGACCUCUUACUUGAGCUCUGGGUGUAGAACUGCAUGCUACCAUUAUUUCCCAGGAUUUCUGAGAUAGCACGGUAUAGCCUUAAAGUAGCAACAAGUUUGGAAAAAAAAAAAAAAGGGGAGAAAGCUCUCAUUACAUAA